ACAGCGAAUGCGGCGCAUUCCCGUCGGUUGCCCAGUUAGGAGAGACGUCGUGAACGAGGUAAAGUGCAGGGCGAGGAAGCGUGUAGUACGUUAGCCCAACCAGCGGCGGAGGCUAUACAGUAGCCUACAGUUGCUUAGAGCGGCGUAACCACUCUCUUGUCACAUGCGGUCGUCUGUGAAUAAGGCGAGACAAAAUUGAACAAAAGAAGAGGAAAAAUCCCAGAUAUUUCUAAAGGAGUGGGAGCUCAAAAUCGACACGCUACAUCAGUAAGAUGGCGCAGGUGAGCGAGCAGCAGGCGCAGGUGCAGCGCGACCUGGCGGACCAGAACUUCGACUACAUGUUCAAGCUGCUGCUGAUCGGCAACUCCAGCGUGGGCAAGACCAGCUUCCUGUUCCGCUACGCCGACGACUCCUUCACCUCCGCCUUCGUCAGCACCGUGGGCAUCGACUUCAAGGUCAAGACCAUCUACCGCAACGAGAAGAGGGUCAAGCUGCAGAUAUGGGACACGGCUGGUCAGGAGAGGUACCGCACCAUCACCACGGCGUACUACAGAGGAGCCAUGGGCUUCAUCCUCAUGUACGACAUCACCAACCAGGAGUCCUUCUACGCCGUGCAGGACUGGGCCACCCAGAUAAAGACGUACUCGUGGGAUAACGCCCAGGUGGUGCUGGUGGGAAACAAGCAAGACUUGGAGGACGACAGACUGGUGCCAACAGAGGACGGGAAGAGACUAGCCAGCGAGCUAGGCUUCCAGUUCUCGGAGGCGAGUGCGAAGGACAACAUCAACGUGCGUCAGUCCUUUGAGCGGCUGGUGGACGUCAUCUGUGAGAAGAUGAACGACAGCAUGGACGGAGAGCCCAGCCCCGUGGCCAAUCACAAGGGCCCGAGCCUGCAGGACACGCCCCCCGCCGCAAAGGGAGGCUGCGCGUGCUGA